AUAAUUCCACAGCAAAAUAACGGUCUUUAUUUAUUUUAUUAAUAUGUUUACAGAGUGAAAAUUAAGUUGACAAAGAGUGAAGGUUCCUAGCCUCUGUUGUUUAGGUGGGACCGCUACGAGUGUAACACGUGUGUGCUCAUGGUUAAACCGUGGAUGUAUUACAAGAACAACAAAAUCUAAUAAUUAAUUAUUAAUAUAUCAAUACAUAUUAAUAUAUGCAUAUAUAUAUUUUUAUAAUAUGUGCUGCGUUGUGUCGUUCGUGUCCGCCGUCGAUUAUCCAUCCGACGUCACACGAGUCGAGACGAAAGUGAAAGUAAAGUUCCGCAGCAGGUCGCCGACAUUCUGCCGAGGACGAGAGGAAACACACGGUGAGUCUAAAAAACGAGCCUCGGAAAUGCUGGACCGUUGACCGUCUGCAGUCUGACCCUCAACCCGAGGGACAAUGAGAGAAGGGGCAGCAUGUGGACUUUUCAUUGUCCUUUUGGAUGCGGUGCUGAGUUUGGCUCUGUGGGCCGGACUGGUGCUCCUGGAGUUCCCCGGCCCCGGUGGACUGGCAGGCGUGUGGGCCUCCGGCGCUGCCAAGUGGCCCGUUCUCCACGUCGUCACCUCCGCGCUGACCGACGGGGAGCACCGCUCUGUGCUCCGCAGGUUCGUAGCGCUCCUCUGCCUCCUUCCCCCCGUGUUCGUGAGCGGACGGGUCCUUGUGGCGAAUCCCUCGUCGCCGGAGGCUCACGCGGGACCGUCCCCCGACCUCAUCGUGCUACUCCUCCUGGCCCCGGUGUCCUCGUCGCUGGCCUGUGCAGUUUGGGAAAAGGGUCUCUGCGGCAACGGAAAGCUGAAAGACGGAGACCAAGCGAACGCCAGACAGCUGCUGAUGAGGCUGGUGAAAUACUUCAGACCAGACACCCUUUACCUGAUUGCGGCUUUUAGUUUCCUCAUCUUAGGAGUUAUCUGCGACACAUUCAUCCCGCUGUAUCAGGGGAAGGUGAUCGAUAUGUUGAGAGGUCAGGUGCUUCAGAACGGCUUCUGCUUCGCAGUCGGACAACUGGCACUCGUCUCUCUUGGAAGUGCUUUGUUCUCUGGCAUGAGAGGAGGCAUAUUCAUGUGCAGCCUGGCCCGACUGAACAAGAGACUGAAGCACCUGCUGUUUCACACCCUCCUGCAGCAGGAGGUGAACUUCUUCGACGAGAACAAACCGGGACGUCUCUCCUCCCGCCUGCACUCGGACGUGGAACGGAUGGGCCGCACGGUGGCGCUGAACGCCAAUGCGCUGGUCCGCAGCUCGGUGAAAACCUGCCUCAUGCUCGGGAUGAUGCUGCAGCUGUCCUGGCAGCUCACCAUGCUCACCUGCAUAGAGAUCCCCCUCCUGGCCACACUGCAGAACAAGUACAGUGCUGUGAGCAAGGAGCUGAAAGAUCAGAUCCAGGACUGCCACGCUCGGAACAAGGAGCUGGCGUCCCAGACGCUCGGCGGGAUUCGAACAGUCCGCAGCUUCCGGGCGGAGAGAGAGGAGGCGAGGCGGUACAACGAGGCUCUAGACCAGAUGUGCGCCGUGAAGAGACGCUCGGGAAUCUACAGCUCGGUCUUCUGCGUGCUGCGGAGGCUGGUGCGUGUGGCGAUAAAGAUCCUCAUGCUGCUACAAGCUCGCAGUCUCAUCUCCUCCGGCCGCCUCAGCAUCGGCAGCCUCGUGUCCUUCUUCCUGUACCAGAAGCCUAUGUCAAACAACAUAAAGGAGAUUUCAUAUUGCUACCGAGAAACGGUGUCCAUGGAGGGAGUCAUCUCCAAAGUGUUCAGCUACCUAGACAGAAAGCCACGGUGUCAGGAGGCAGGAGAUUUAGCUCCUGAGAAGCUGCGAGGAAGAAUCCUUUUCGAGAAUGUCACCUUCUCCUACGCCUCAACUCCUCAGGACACUCCAGUGCUGAAGUCCGUGUCAAUGGAGCUGCAGCCCGGGAAGAUGACAGCGCUGGUGGGUCCCAGUGGCAGCGGGAAGACUUCCUGCGUCAGCCUCCUGAAGAGGCUGUACGAGCCCCAGGGGGGACGGAUCCUGCUGGAUGGAGAACCGCUGCACCACUACCAACACAAGUACCUGCAUCAGAAGAUGGCCCUGGUGUCCCAGAAUCCCGAGCUGUUUUCUGGUUCUCUGAGAUACAACAUCGAGUACGGCCUGAGGGAGCGCAGCAUCGAGAGGGUGAAGGAAGUCGCCAAGAAGAUCCACGCAGACAAAUUCAUAUCUGAACUGGAGUACGACACAGAUGUCGGAGAAUGUGGCGGCAAACUGUCGGACGGAGCGAAGCAGUGCAUCGCCAUCAUCAGAGCUCUGGUCCGAGAGCCGCAGGUCGUCGUACUGGACGAGGCCACGAGCAAACUGGAUAUUGAAGCGCAACACGCUGUGCUGCCGGAGAUCCUGUCCCGCGGCCGCACCGUCCUGGUGGUGGCUCACCAGCUGAAGACGGUGGAGACGGCCGAUCACAUCGUCUUCCUGGAGGACGGCCGAGUCGUGGAGGAGGGGACGGACGAGGAGCUCAUGGCCAAGCGAGGACGGUACCACCGUCUGAAGGAGGAGCUCUUCUCUCCGCACAGCUGAGGAGGGGAGAGGCGCCGUUUUGUGAAUUGGGAAAUGAAAUGUAUUGGUAUGCCUCCCCGCCUGGUAACCUGCCUAUAUAAUCCACAGGAUAUGAAGAAGCUCCGUCUACUGUGUGUCUUCACAGUUUUUAUCCGGCUGCAGAGCAAAGUCGUCAAGACGACGCAGGGAUUCUAAUGAGCUGAUGGAUGUUGACUGAAUUAUUUUAAAUGGCCGUUAUGAAAAGUCAACAAACUCUCCUCUCCUACCAACUGUUAGGUAACCCCGACGGAAAAACCGUCACGAGGUUUAGGAAAGAUUUUAAAAAGACGUUAUUUAUAUCUAACUCCUCACGAUUUCUCCUUCCACAUCCUUCCUCAGAUGUUAGGAAAGGAGAGUUCUGUGACCUUUUGACCGCAGCCUACGUUCAUCUUUAUAUUUAGUCUCUUGGUGUGACAAACCAAAUAAAGUGCCUUCUCCUGUUAGCGUUAAAAAAGCAUUUGCUUUAAUAAACGGAUAGUUGGCAGGUAGAAAAAAAAAAGAAGAAUGAUUUCACCUCAACCACCUUUCACCUGUGUGUGUGUGUGUGUGUGUGUGUGUGUGUGUGUGUGUGUGUGUGUGUGUGUGUGUGUGUGUGUGUAAUAAUGCUCCUUCACUCCAGGUUUUUUGUUGAUCUGAGGCACGAUCGCUUUCUGCGGCCUCGACAGAAAUCUGCCCGACGACCACACCUCAGCUGAAUACGAAAAAUGAAAACAUGCCUUUGUUCCAUUAUUGUGAUGAAGAUCAGAUCAUAUUCUAAGGCACAAGGGUCGGUCACAUUGUUGUCACAUAAAAUGUGCUUCUUUGCACUGACUAUAUUUUGUAUAUAAAACAUAUUGGCAACACUUCUACUCAUUGCAGUACUACACCGUUGUACUUUCUCGUUGUGGUAUUGCUCCUUUGACCUCAAUAAAGGACCUGAUACUUGCUCCA